UUGCGAUACACAGGGAAUAAAGAGCUUCACCCUGCGCUAUGACGGACGGCUCGUUAAUGACAGCCUCGGAUGCGAGUCAGGCAGCGCAUAAAGUGCGCGACGCCGGUACGUGCUAUUGGCGACGACUCCCUCCGGUGAUCGCAGGGAAGUCUUGCUUGGCACGACACAUGCGCAACUCUUGCGAAAGCGGAACGAUCCGAUGGCGUGGAAGGUGGAGCGGAAGUCACGGAAGCAGAGUCCGUCUUAGUACAAGGCUGGGCUUGAUGCAAGCGGGGUGCGGGGAAGCAUACCAUUUGACUCUGCCGACGUUGAGAGCACAUGUAGCACCAUGGGCGAAUCCUUCGUGGUAUACAAAGUAUGGCGGUGCGUCUUAUCGCGACGAUGAAGCACAGCUGAUUGAGUCUCCGACUUCCCAUCUGACAUCUACCGCUCCGUCAACUUAUCAAAUCGCGAAGACUAACCUUUACAAGGGCAGCCAGCACCGCAAGUCUCAACAACAUGGCGCCUCUCUUUCGGAAGAUCGCCUUCGUGACCGGCGCAAAUGGUAUCUCUGGCAAUGCCAUUAUUGAGCACCUCAUCCGGCAGCCGAGGAGCGAGUGGGCCAAGAUCAUCAUCACUUCACGCAGCCCACUGAAGAAUUACUGGCAGGAUCCCCGCGUCGAGUUUGUUGCCAUCGACUUCCUAAAACCACACGCCGAAAUCGUCGCGGCGAUGGCUCCUUCGUGUUUUGAUGUCACGCAUGCCUUCUUCACCUCUUACGUCCAUACGGACGACUUCACACAGCUACCGACCUACAAUGUCCCGUUGUGGGAGAACUUUCUUGUCGCGCUGGAAACGGUAUCGGGAGCAUCUCUGCAGCGUGUUUGCCUGCAGACUGGCGGGAAGCAUUACGGCGCGCAUUUGGGCCCAAGUCCAUGCCCCUACCGGGAGGACAUGCCACGCUACGACGAUAAGGGUGAGAACUUCUACUACAAGCAAGAAGACUUCAUGUUUGCGCGGCAGAAGAACGCAGCGGCUCGAGGCCAUCAAUGGCACUACAGUAUUAUCAGGCCCAAUGGAAUCAUCGGCUUUACGCCUGCGAAGAAUGGCAUGUCAGAGGCUAUCACGAUGGCCCUGUAUUUCCUCAUUAACCGAGAGCUGGGCACAAACGCGCCUUUUCCAGGCAACCAGUUCUUCUACAACUGCGUUGACGACUGCAGCUCGGCAACAGGCUUGGCAGACAUCUCUGUAUGGGCCAUGUCAAAUGAGCACACCAAGGACGAGGCCUUCAAUUCCGUCAAUGGUGAUACUUAUGUUUGGAGGUACUUCUGGCCUCGGAUCGCUGAUUACUUCGGAGCUAAAGCGAUCGAGCCCGAGGAUCUAAAGCUGAGCGAUGAGAGUCGAGGCUCGUCUCUCAAACACUGCUUUAAAAUGGGACAGUGGGCGGAUGACAAGCGCGAGGUGUGGGAUCGCAUCGUGUCCAAAUAUGGAGGCGAUAAGGCCGCUUUCGAUGCGGGCACGUGGGGUUUCUUUGACUGGGCUACCGGCAAGAACUGGCCAACAGUAUCAUCCAUGUCGAAAGCACGCGCCUACGGUUAUACUCGUGCAGACGACACGUACGAAGUCUUCAUUGAAACCUUUCGGACAUUUGAAAAUGCGGGCAUUCUUCCGCCACACCCGCGACGACAUUUGGAGAACUUUAGGCCGGCACAGACGAAUGGACAUGCCAAUGAUGCUUGAAACAGUGACGAGCAGUGGUGCUGGGAGAUGUACUGUUCUUGGGUAGGUUCCGCUCGUACUGUGGUGUUUGCUUGGUGCAGGCGACAGCGAUGAGAAUCAUUUGCUGCUUUCAGAGUGUCUCGCAAUGAACACUGUUACCACAUGUCCGAGUAUAGCUCUCAAGCCUGACGGAAUGGGAUUUGUUGGAACUGCGCCAUACCCUUCUCUACAUUACACGAGA